AAGCAACAUAAGAAAAGUUCUCUCUUUGUUCUUAUUUUAAGUUUCAUCAAGUUUGGUUCUUUGUUUCUUUUUGUGUUCUAGUUGAGUAUCGAGUUUACUUUAUAGCUUUUGUUUCUUCUUCAUGGAUGCUUUCCAUAAUCACUUUGACAACUCUGAUACCCAUUUGCCUCCUGGCUUUCGGUUUCACCCUACUGAUGAAGAACUCAUCAAGUUUUAUCUUCUCAAGAAGGUGCUUGACAGUAACUUUACAGGGCGAGCCAUUGCUGAAGUUGAUCUCAACAAGUGUGAGCCCUGGGAGCUUCCAGAGAAGGCGAAGAUGGGGGAGAAAGAGUGGUACUUCUUCAGCCUACGCGAUAGGAAGUACCCAACUGGGCUGAGAACUAACAGAGCUACUGAAGCUGGUUACUGGAAGGCCACUGGAAAAGACAGGGAGAUUUACAGCUCAAGAACUUGUGCUCUUGUGGGCAUGAAGAAGACUCUUGUGUUUUACAAAGGGAGAGCUCCUAAAGGCGAGAAGAGCAACUGGGUUAUGCAUGAAUAUCGCCUUGAAGGCAAAUUUUCUUACCAGUAUCUCUCCAGGAGCUCCAAGGAUGAAUGGGUGAUUUCCAGGGUGUUUCAGAAGAGCAUUGGUUCCACUGCGAACAAUGCCAAGAAAACUCGAAUGAACUGCUCAACUACAACUUCAACGCUAAACCUAUCGUACCCAGAGCCCAGUUCUCCCUCCUCCGUCUCCCUGCCUCCGCUCCUGGACCACCCUAACACCGCUACAACGGCCGCCGUUACUGAAAAUUGUUCCUUUGGCAGUCACGCUCCCACUGAGCACGUGUCCUGUUUCUCCACCAUUGCAGCUGCCGCCGCUUCGGCUGCCGCUUCCACAUUCAACCCCACUUUCGACCUGGCCCCCCCGCCGCUCAAUGGAAUUGACCCAGCCGGUCGUUUCUCAAGGAACCUUGGCGUCUCUAACUUCCCCAGCUUGAGGUCUUUGCAAGAGAAUCUUCAUUUCACUAAUUUCAUUUACCCUCCUCCGCCUCCUCCCCCGCCGUUCCAGGGUGGUGCUGUCUCAAACUGGCCGACGAUGCAAGACAUGAUGGCUGCUGGAGGAGGCGGUGGCGGUACCAGGAUGGCUGUGGGGCCUACUGAACUUGAUUGCAUGUGGACUUUCUAAGUAAAUCGUCGCCAGCAAUCGAGGGAUUUCCUUUAGUGGGUGUGAUUUGAACUUUUGAUAAUCUCUGUCCUUCCAUGUGAUUUUUCAUUAUUGUCACCAAAGUUCUAGUCUUGUUUGUACCAGCAGUUGUAUCAGAAGAUCAGGCACUUUAAUGCAUUAAUGUUUGA